ACAGCCAGAGGACAGAAGCAGAAACAGCAGCAAACAACAACAGCUACGAUGGAGGAAGCAGACUCUAUCAUUCAUCUGAAGCUUCAUCCUUUUCAUUGAAACCACAUCUCUCUGGGACCAUCCUGCCAAGAGAGGACGAGGAGAGGGAAAGAGUAGGAAAGGAAAGAGAGAGGGCGAAAGGAGUAGGGAAUCUCACUCUGCCCUUCAAAAGGGGGUGGCACAGUCCCUUACUCCUGUCGGACUAAAUUACGCAUACAAACAGUCGUACUUAGCUUAGCUUUGGAUGAUUUGGGGCUGUUUCCGUCUGCUGGUGACAUUCUGGACUGAGUGGAUUUACUUUGCUCCUGUGGAGGACCAUGGGGCUAUGCUGGAGGGGCACACCGAUCCCUCACAUAAGGACAGGGGAUUGCCGGUACCUGCAGGUGACAAUACUGUUGUUCUGUGGCAUCUGGAAAGCAGCCCACACACAGACAGCAGACAACAGCAAGUCUGUCUACUUCUGGGAAACAGGACCAUGGGGCAGGUGCAUGGGCAGUGACUGUGGUCCCGGAGGCAGCCAAAGCAGGGCAGUGUGGUGUGCCCAUGUUGAUGGCUGGACUACCCUCCACACCAACUGUGAUCAGGGCCAGCGGCCAUCCAAUCAACAGAACUGCUUCCGUGUCUGUGACUGGCACAAAGACCUCUAUGACUGGCAGCUUGGCGCCUGGAACGUAUGUGUGCCAGUGUCAGCAAGGACCUUUGGAGGCCUGCAGCCAACAGUGUGCGCUGGGGGCGAAGAAGGCACCCAGACUCGGGAGGUGGGUUGUAUACUCAAGUCAGAUGGAACGCCCGCAGAGGAUAUCAUCUGUGAGUACUUUGAACCCAAGCCCCGUUUGGAGCAGGCCUGCCUCAUUCCCUGCCCCCAGGACUGUGUUGUGUCCCAGUACUCCCCCUGGACUUCCUGCUCCAAAACAUGUGGGACAGGCCUGCAGAAUCGGGUCAGGAGUGUCUUGGUGCCCCCACUGUUUGAGGGAGCCGCCUGCCCCAACCUGACCGAGUUCCAGACCUGUAGAACAGCAACUUGCAAGGGGCCUGAGGGGAUGUACAGCAUGAGGAUUGGGUCCUGGAGCCCCUGUUUCCUGCCUGAGAGCCGGCCGGUGCGUCAGGCAAAGCGCAGGAAGGGAAAGGGAUCCGGGACCAGGGAGAGACCAGUGUUUAAAGACCCUGAGACCAGAGAGCUCAUCCAGAAGAAGAGAACAAGGAACCGGCUAAACCGACAGGAAAGUCCAUUUUGGGACAUCCAGGUGGGCUACCAGACCCGCCAAGUCACCUGCACACACAGGAACGGAAGCACCAUAGGACUGAGUCACUGUAUACCGAGGGACCUGCCUUUGACAGUCCAAUCAUGCCUGCUCUCCAGGGACUGUGAGCUGAGUGAAUGGUCAAACUGGGGCACCUGCACCAAGACCUGCAUGGAUCCCAAGUCCCUCAGGGGCCAACGCUCCCGCAGUAGACAAGUUGUCCAGUUCCUUGUAGGGAAGGGCCAGGAAUGCCCUUCUCUAGAGGAGACUGAGGCCUGUGAGCCUGAGGGGGAUAGAGUUCCCCCAUGCGCCAUCUACACCUGGAGGACCACUGAGUGGAGCGAUUGCCGAGUGGACUUGUUGCUAAGCCAACAGGACCGUCGGCGUGGCAACAUGACGGGGCUGUGCGGGGGUGGUCUCCAAACCAGGGAGGUUUACUGUGUUCAGGCUAAUGCCGAGCUGCUUACCUACCUCGACAACCUCAAAGAGAAAGAAGCAUCCACUCCAGUGGACAGCAAAUUGUGUGAGGGUCGCGUCCCCAACACAUCCCAACUGUGUAUCACCCCCUGUCCAAUUGAAUGUGAGGUGUCUCCGUGGGGAGCUUGGGGACCCUGCACCUUUGAGAACUGUGAUGACCAAGCCGGGAAAAAAGGUUAUAAAAUCAGGACACGACAGAUUGCCAACAAACCAACGGAAGGGCCAGGAGCCUGCCCACACCUGUUAGAGGCUGUGCCAUGUGAUGACCCCAGCUGCCAUGACUGGCGACUGGUUAGCCUGGAGCCUUGUAUUCCUGACAAUGAGAAGGAGUGUGGCUCAGGAUUGCAGACACCUCAGGUCCAAUGCGUCAACAGCAACGGUGAGCUGGUGGAGAGUGAUCAAUGUGGAGGAAUUCCAGCCCCAGAGCCAAUCCCUUGUGAAGUGCCAUGUUCCAGGGACUGUGUCCUCAGUGAUUGGACUCCUUGGUCAACCUGCUCCCAGACCUGCUCCAGCAAGACCAUAGAGGGAAAACAGAUGAGGACACGUUCGAUACUGGCCUACAACGCUGGGGAAGGUGGCUCUCUGUGUCCCAACAGCACUGCUCUCCAGGACAUGCGUAACUGUAAUGAACAUGCGUGUACCGUAUACCACUGGCAGACUAGUGUCUGGGGGCCCUGCACUGAAGACUCCUCAGCCUUGGCCCUUAACACCACCACCGUUACAAACCUCAAGGUCGUUGCCGACCCCGCUGACCAGGUUUCCUGCUCCAUGGGAAUGCAGACCCGCAAGGUCAUCUGUGUCCGGGUGAACGUGGGACAGGUGCCACCGAAAAAGUGUCCCGAGGGUCCUCGUCCAGGCACAAUGCGGCCCUGUCGACUAGCCUGUAAAAAGGAUUGCAUAUUGACCCCUUUCAGUGACUGGACACCAUGCCCACCAGCUUGUGAUGCAGCUGGUAACAUUGUGAAGAGGAAACAAUAUCGGUACCGCCUCAUCAUCCAGAUACCAGCCAAUGGAGGCCAAGACUGUCCAGACGUGCUGAAGGAGGACAGGGACUGUCCGGCUCCAAAAGUCUGUCCUGGUUUUAGGUGGAAGUCCCACAAAUGGAGGAGAUGUCAGCUGGUGCCCUGGUUUAUCAGACAAGACAGUCCAGGUGCUCAAGAGACAUGUGGACCAGGACUUCAAACUAGAGCGGUAUCCUGUCGCCAGCUAGACGGAACGCAGGCAGACAUUGGAGAGUGUCUGAAGUUUGCCAAUUCCAUGCCCCUUAUCUCUCAGCCCUGUCAGCUCCCCUGUCAGGAUGACUGUCAGCUUACCAACUGGUCUAAGUUCUCCUCCUGCACAGCCGACUGUGUAGGGGUCCGGACCAGGAAGAGGAUGCUCAUAGGACGAAGCAAGAAGAAAGACAAGUGUAAGAACACCCAGAUGUUCCCUCUGAGUGAGACCCAGUACUGCCCGUGCGACAAGUACAAUGCCCUGCCUGUAGGCAACUGGUCUGACUGCAUCUUGCCAGAGGAUGGCCGUGUGGAGAGCAUUCUGGCCAUGAGAGUCCAGGGUGACUUCAAAGAGUGUGGCCAGGGUUACCGUUACCAGGCGAUGGUGUGUUACGAUCAAGAAAACCGACUGGUAGAAACUUCACGCUGCAACAGCCAUGGCUACCUUGAUGAGGCAUGUAUCAUCCCCUGUCCAUCUGACUGUAAGCUGAGUGAGUGGUCCAACUGGUCACGCUGCAGCAAGUCAUGUGGCAGUGGGGUCAAAGUUCGCUCUAAGUGGCUUAGAGAGAAACCUUACAAUGGUGGACGGCCCUGCCCCAAACUGGACCACAUCAACCAGGCCCAGGUGUAUGAGGUGGUGCCCUGCGCGAGUGACUGUACCCAAUAUGUGUGGCUGGCUGAGCCUUGGAGUGUGUGGAAGGUCAGCAACGUUGACCUGAAGGAGAACUGUGGAGAGGGUGUCCAAACAAGAAAAGUCAGGUGCAUGCUGAACACUAUAGAUGGUCCAGCAGACCCGGUGGAGGACUACCUGUGUGACCCAGAGGAGAUGCCUCUGGGGGCCAGGGAGAGUCGGCUGCCUUGCCCUGAGGACUGCGUCCUCUCCGACUGGAGCUCCUGGAGCACCUGCCGCCUGCCCUGCACAAGGAACAACAAUCGGAUUCGGACAGCGUAUCCUCUUCGAGGCCCAGGGGUGGGUAGACAGUGUCCAGAAACCACCGAUAAAGACCCCUGUCACCUGAAUGCAAACUGCUUCAAUUACUUCUACAACAUUACAGAGUGGAGCACCUGUCAGCUGAGCUCCAAUGCUGUGUGUGGACCAGGUAUCAAGACCAGGAUGCUUGACUGUGUUCGCGGAGACGGCAAGUCCGUUGACCUCAGGUUCUGUGAGGAGCUGCGGCUGGAGAGGAAGUGGCUGCUGAACACAUCCUGUGUGGUGGAGUGUCCUGUCAACUGUCAGAUGUCUGAGUGGUCGGCCUGGUCAGUGUGUUCCCAGAUGUGUGGACUGGAAGGUAGGAUGUGGCGGAGGCGCAUCGUGGUGCAGGCGUCCCAGGGGGACGGACGCCCAUGCCCCACUCAGAUGGAGCAUUGGAAACCCUGUCCAGUCAGACCCUGCUAUCGCUGGGAGUACAGCCCCUGGUCCGAAUGCAGAGUGGAGGAUGUUGUGUGUGGAGAUGGCUUGCGCUUCAGGAACUUGACCUGCUAUGUAUCGGAUGCCGUAAGCCAGGGUGAGGGCAGCCUUGUGGACGAGGAGUUAUGUAGCGGUCUGGAGCUAGCUGUCAAUGGAGACACAGAGAUCACACUAAAGGAGGCCUGCACUCUCCCCUGCCCAGGUGAAUGCUACUUGAUGGAGUGGUCAGACUGGAGCUCAUGUGUCAGCAUGUGUGUCAAGGGAGCUGGGGUCGACUUUGGUUCAGUCCAGGUGCGUUCGCGGGCUGUCAUGGCCCAGGAACCGGAGAACUUGCAGCUGUGUCCAGAUCAGGACUGGGAAUCCCGCCGCUGCACUGAUGGCAAGUGUUAUGAAUACAAGUGGAUGAGCAGCACAUGGACAGGAUCUUCUCGCCUCACCUGGUGUCAACGCUCUGAUGGACUCAACGUCACAGGAGGAUGUCCCCCCAUUAAUCCCCCUGUGGACAACAGCUCCUGCGACCCUCCGUGUCUGAUGCCAAAGUCCUUCUGCACCGAGGCUGGUGUUUGCAUGUGCGAGGAAGGCUACACAGAGGUGCUGUCCACCGAUGGCCUGCUGGAGCGCUGCACGCCCAUCCCCAUUCUGGAGAUCCCCACUGCUGAGGACAAGAGAGGGGACGUGAAGACUAGUCGUGCUAUAAACCCCACCCUUCCUACUACCAUCCAGCCCGGACGCUCCGGACGCACUUGGUACCUGCAGCCCUUCGGACCAGAUGGGAAGCUGAAGAUGUGGGUGUACGGUGUGGCAGCAGGAGCUUUCGUGCUCCUCAUAUUCAUAGUGUCUAUGAUAUACCUAGCAUGCAAAAAGCCAAAGAAACCACAGAGACAGAGACAGAACAACCGACUGAAGCCUCUGACUCUAGCCUAUGAUGGGGAUGCCGACAUGUAGCUCCUGGAUUAUCUUCUUCCUCCCAUCACCUUAACCUCUCAUAUCUACCCCAUAGUAGAAAGGAAAACUGUGGAAAUCAGAUUAUUCUCUCAAUUAGUCUUUUAUUACAUGCCCCCAUAGUUGGGAAAAUAGGGAUUAACUAUUUUAUUAACCAAGACUGAUUUUGACUUAAACCAUUUUAUGUAGUUCUCUUUAAUUACACUAUUAUUGCUUUUUUAUAUUUUCUUAUGCAAGAGCCUUCAGCACCUCCUCCUCUACAAUGCCUUUUUUGUUUGCCCCUUUUAUCAGCCAAGACUGAUUCCAAAACGAAAGGGCUGCAUCCUGCAAAGAGAGACAAACUUUGUUGUCUUUGAACACCAACAGCACAAGCUCAAACUCUUUCCUCAUGCUUUCUGCUCGUCACUGAAAAUGCUGAGUGGCCAGAGGCUCAGGAUGCUCUGACGGUUUGCACAUUGCCAAAAGUCACCGCGGGGAAGAGGAGGGAGAAAAUCUCCAUAAAAGGCUUGGAUGUCUGUUCUCUAAACUCAACUGGAUUUGAAUUCAACUCCCUUUCUCUCUUUCUGUCUCAAGCAAAGUAAAUGUGGUUUUGAUUGAUUCCUUGGCAGAAGCCUGUUUGGAAGAAUGAACAUGCAACUGUACAGAGCAGAUGAGGAAUACAAUCACUCAGUAGUGGAACUAUCGCCUCCCCCCUUUUCUUUUGUUUCAGGCACAAUAUCGCACUAUAUUAGUGCAGCAUGAUAUGCACAUGACUUCUACCUUGUAUUGCCAUAGAACACAACCCCUUUGAAAGACAGGAUAAUAUGCAGCUGGGGAGCGAACAUAAAAAUGUCAGUGGAAUUUCAUACCAUGGAAAGAAUAUAAUUCCAGAUGACACAUUUACAUUCUACAGUGUGGAUGUAAUGUAUGAUUAACGUGUAUAGAGUUGAUUAUUUUGUAUUCACAAACUUUGGUUGUAAGUUGGGUAUAUUUUGUGAUAUGUAAGGUUUUACUGGUUAUAUCCAUCUGUCUCUGCCCAUUGAAUCAUAUAGCUAUUGAUCACUGACAUAAUGACAAACUGACAAACUUAUUUUGAUGGAAAAGAAAUUGAUAAAAACAUAUAUGUAUAGUAUAAAUAUUAUAUGAAAAUAAAAUGUUCCACGAGAAAAAUACACUGAAGUCUAAAACCAAUGUCUAAAGCUAAAACAGGGUGUGACUAAUGUGUUUCAUUAAAUUACAUAUUGUGUCUUACAAAUGUUGCAUCUGCCUUAUUGUCAACAUUCAUUUUACAGAAUUCUACUAUACUGUAUGUUUGCAGUCAAAGUACAUAAAGGGCCAUUUUAUUUUGCAUUUCUUAUGCUGUCAUAUCAAGGUUUGACAUUACUGCCUGUCCACUUGUCCAAAACAAGCUGAUUUUUGUGCAGAGAAAAAGGCAUGAUGAAAUAAUAUUAUUCUAUGUAAAUGUGGCACUGGUUUAUGGUGUAAUUUCCCAGGCAUAACAUCACAACUUUAGUCUGAACACCCUGGCAUUGGUGUGUAUUUUUUAUACAAAUAGGCUACAGACCAUGCCUAUGAUUAGAAAGAAAAGUAUUUUAAACAAAUACUAUGCAUUUUGAAGAUCACAUCUUUAUUUCCCUCUGUAUUUUGGUGCAAGCAAGUCUUCAUUUAGUAACUUUUUCUUCAUUUUGUGGAGCUCUGGUUAGACAAACUAAAAUAUCAUUUGCUCAAAGAACAAGUGUCCAAAAAAACUUUUGUCGAGCCCUGAUUAUAAAAUGUCGGUUGUCUGUAGCUAAUCUGUGUCUGGGACAAUAAUCUAUAUAUGGUAAUAACAACAAUCAAUUUAAUCAGAUUUCAGUGUUUUCUGCAAAAGGUCAAAUAUACUGUAACAUCAAUCUGUAUAAAAGAAGGUAUGUGUUAGAAACUCACAUACAACAGUUUAGGUUUUAAUAUUGAGCAAGUGUCGAUAAGAAGCAAAUACACUUGUGACUUGCUGGCCUAUAUUCAUUACAGUACGAGCAAAUGGUGAGGCAAAUGUUUACUUUUUGUUGCAUACUUUAGUUUAAAAAAAACUUUUUUUAUUUUUUUGAAAAGAUAUAUAUAUAUGUAUGUGUACAUUUAUUUUGUAUUGCACAGAAAUGUUUAGUUUGAAUAUUGCAAAGUGGGUGUAUGAUAUUGCUGAUUGUUGUGCUCAUGAUGCAAGUUGUGUGUUGUAAAAAAAAAAAGACAAGGCUCUGCCAUCAAAGGUUUUGUACAUGUUGUUUAUACAGUAUAUGUAAGGGAGAAAGUGCAAA